AUGUUAUAAGUCUAAUACGAUACAAUUUCAGAGUUCGAACACGUUCAAAACAACAGUUUUUAUGACGAAGAAUCCAAUGUGAACAUCUUCACAUAACAUUAACUUGGCUUGUUCAAAAAAACAAGCUACUUCGUUGAAAAUGAGGAGCUUAACCUCAAGAACAACCACGAAUGCUCAACGGCAGAGGAGACCGAGUCUUCUGAACACUCAGACAAUUCUUUAGAACACCUUCCCUCUCCAAAAUGUCCUUCAAAAGAACUUCCCCCUCCAAUCAAUGCUGAUCAACAUUUGUUCAACUUAGAUAUGAAAUACUACCCGAGUACUUCUCAGGAGAACUUCAUUUUGAAUUUUAUCAAUCAAGACGACUUACAAAGAAUAAAAGUAGGUUUAGAUUAUAAGAUUUUGGAUGAUCCAUAAACAUUAAGAUUCGAAAAUUGGGUUUAAUAAAUGUGCAAUACCAAAGCCAAUCAAAAGGAAAUGUAAAGGAAACUGAAAGUAAAGAAAUACUUGGAGAAGAAGCAUAAUAGAACUUUUGGAAAAAAAGUCCAUUACCAUAUCAGAUAGAAGGUGGCUGAGGAGAGACUGAGAAUAAAGGGGAGAUUUGUUACUUGGAAACAGGCUGUUAAAAUGUUAGAGAAAUCUGAAACUAAGAGGGAGUGGACUCAUAGUGAUUACUUCAAAAUUAAGAUCUUGUUGAAUGAAAAGUAUGGUUAAACUUUAUGA